CAUGCACAUUUUCAUCUCUUGCUUGUCGUGUAGAGAACUUCUCGUUGGGUUCGGGUGUGGCGACGGCUAAACAGAAAUAAAUCUAGACAAGAAGACAGGAAAUUAAUACCAUAGGCUAUAUAUCAGCUGAGCAGUUGAGCUCUGAAUAGAAACAGCUGGAGGACAGAUACUACAGGAAAACUGUUUUUACCUGUAAGAGUGGCAAGCAGGCGGACCACAUUUGGUGCUGUUUGGUAUUUGAUGUAUACGAUCAAGCGCUGCCCUGCAGCUGGAAUUACGCACGCCAGUCAUUGGACAGACUUCCCAGUUAUCUCGUUGCUUGCACGUAAGAAACGGAUCGGCAACAUUGUUUAAGUUUUCGUGGCCUGGAUGUGACUUCACUAUAAGUUAUUACCUGUCCACUUGUAUAUCAUUUGUCAAGACAAGAAAAGGUUUUUUUUUCUUGUUUUUUUUUUUCGGAUGUCUGGCAAAUUAAUUUGAUCACCUUUUCAUUCAGUGUUCGGUGGCUUUCUGAGAAAGGUAGAUUGAUGGGGCAGUAGCCUACAUCGCUCUCAUGACGUUGUAGAACUGACAAUAUAGAACACAACGUGGAAUUUUGUGUACGGAUUUGUUCACGCGUACCGUCUCGUGGUACUGAAUGAAACUGGUAAAACGUUUUUUGUUUUCCUUUCUUCGAAUAAGGUGAAGUUGCAUACGCACGCGUUAAGGAGGAUCAGUGGACAUACGGGCGCUGCUGCUGCACCUGGAACAUCUCAGAAACAAUUAAUCCAGUGUUUACAUCCCAGUUUCCAACUAUUUCGUCAAGCUACGUCGUGAGACUGUGCGUGGUCUUGAAACCAUGGGGUGUACUGUAAGUGCUGAAGAUAAGGCGGCCGCCGAGAGAUCAAAAAUGAUUGAUAAAAAUCUGCGAGAAGACGGAGAAAAAGCUGCAAGAGAGGUUAAGCUGCUGUUAUUGGGUGCUGGCGAGUCGGGGAAGAGCACCAUUGUGAAGCAGAUGAAGAUCAUCCAUGAAGAUGGCUACUCAGAGGAUGAGUGCAAACAGUACAGAGCAGUGGUGUACAGUAACACCAUACAGUCCAUUAUGGCCAUUAUCAAAGCCAUGGCUAACCUCAAGAUCGACUACGGAGAUGUUGCCAGAGCGGACGAUGCCCGCCAGCUCUUUGCGCUGUCUGCUGCUGCAGAGGAGCAGGGUUUGUUGCCAGACGACCUGUCCAACGUAAUCCGGCGGCUGUGGGCAGAUAGCGGGGUUCAGGGCUGCUUCACACGCUCUCGGGAAUACCAGCUCAACGACUCUGCUGCAUACUACCUGAAUGAUCUGGAGAGGAUAGCCAGACCUGACUACAUCCCCACACAGCAGGAUGUGCUGCGGACAAGGGUGAAGACCACCGGCAUCGUAGAGACGCACUUCACCUUCAAAGACCUGCACUUCAAGAUGUUCGACGUGGGUGGCCAGCGCUCGGAGAGGAAGAAAUGGAUCCACUGCUUCGAGGGUGUAACCGCCAUCAUCUUCUGCGUGGCCCUGAGCGCAUAUGACCUGGUGCUGGCUGAAGACGAGGAGAUGAACCGAAUGCACGAGAGUAUGAAGCUCUUUGACAGCAUCUGCAACAAUAAGUGGUUCACGGAGACGUCUAUCAUCCUCUUCCUCAACAAGAAGGACCUGUUUGAGGAGAAGAUCACCCGUAGCCCUCUCUCCAUCUGCUUCCCAGAGUACUCAGGAGCCAAUAAAUAUGAUGAAGCAGCCAGCUAUAUUCAGACUAAGUUUGAGGACCUGAACAAAAAGAAGGACACGAAGGAGAUCUACACCCACUUCACCUGCGCCACCGACACCAAGAACGUGCAGUUUGUCUUUGACGCCGUCACCGACGUCAUCAUCAAGAACAACCUGAAAGACUGCGGCCUCUUCUAGAGCUGGAGCAGAGGAGGAUAUGCCAGGGAUAACUUGAAGAGCUCUAAUGACCUGAAGGGAGGGGAUGGGACAGACCAUGACAGACUGCACUGGCCAGCGCCCCAUUCUUGUCCUAUCUGCUUUUAUAAAGAAAACUGACUGGGAAAAGCCUCAUAGAAUCUGAACAACCACCAUGUAUUUUCCUUAUUGUGAUUUUUUUGUUUUUUUGUUAUGUAUAUUUAAUUUCAAAGGGGAAUUCCAUGUUUUAUUACUGUUAAUUUCUUAGGCGGAGACCACAACUCAACAUUUAUUUUAGUUGUGUCCAUUUAAGUUUUUGUUUUUUCUUCAUUUGUAAUUAUUAGAUGAGGCAAAGGGAGUGGUGAAAAAGCUUUUUUUAUAUGAAUGCAUUUACUUUACUUUGAAAUCCAAUGUGCAAAUUUUAUGAAACUUUUAAUUUCAUAAAGCUUAUUUUUUAAAAGAAACAUGGGCAUGGAUUGAGAAAAUGGAUUGAAAGGAAAGUGCUUUUUUCAUUAUGUUUACAUUAAGUCCACAUUCUUAGCUUAACUUCAUAUUACGCUGCAUGACUGACAGUAGUUGACUAUACUUAGCUCUGUAACCUGCCAUAAAGAGUGUAACAUUCCUUUAGAAAAAUGAUAAAAACCAACAAAAAAUGGAACAAAAAAUAUGCUUCAUACCAGAGGGAGAAUGGUGAGAGUUUAAAGAUUUAACUGGUAUUUUAGACAACCUAACUUCAUUUUAUUUUAUUUUUUUUAUUGUUAUAUUCCAUGUCUACUUCGGUAUGUAUUGUGCCUUCACGUCUGUUUACAUCUGACCUACUGUAGAUUUGCUUUCAUUUGUAGAACUGUCUUUGGUCUAAUUCUUUCUUCCAUUUUCUUCAUGACCGAGAAACAAGGUAAAAUAGUAAUGAUGAUUAUGACAAAAAAUCUAACACAGGAAAAUGGAUAGUGUUUUGGUAAAUAUUAAAAUGCUUUAAAGGUCAUAUAAUGAUUUAAUUUAAAUAAAAAUUGAGUCACUAGA